AUGAAGAGACUACUAUCAGAAGAGCUGAUCUCAGAGUCCGUGGGCGCGCGCUGUUAUUCCGCGGGCCCGCCAACUAAUCGUCCACUCUCAACGGGCGUUCUGGCAGAUGAGUGCACGCUAGAAUCAAUCAGUAGCCCCGGCAUGCGGGCAGUGAGAAGCUCCAGUCGCGGCAGCGUAACUCAUGUCGGCAAGCGCCGCAGGGAUAGCUUCCGGGUCUCCCGGGAACCUCGACGGUCAGCCACAGGUCAGCAGUUAAGGACUAGUGUGCCUCAGUACAUUGCUGAAGGAACAUCAGAGAGAAAGGCGGUUACCAAUGCCAAGCGAACAAAUGAAGAGCCGCGAAACAUCACGACACGUCCGGACUUUCCAAGAUCGAUAUCAAGUCCGGUUGCUGGGUACAGCAAUGCGGCUUUGGAUAGCCAAGGAGGUAGUCAAUGCCUUAUGAAUCAGAAUGAAGCUCAUAGCAUGCAGCCUCAAUGUUUUAACACGAUCAAAGGCGAGCUAACAGAGAAUGUGGAUGUGGUUAUGGAGGACCAAGAGGCAGGACCAGAACCAGGACCGGGGCCAGAACCGGAGCAAGAAACUCUGAAACCAACGCCUGAUGAGAUGUUCAGACAGCUUAAGACCCUUCCAAUCACCGAAGAGCAAUUGGUCAAUGAAGUGCGUGGGAUCUACACGGGCCUAGUGAUGGUGGAGAAAAAAUGCAUCGAGAUCGAUAAGCAACAGGCGGAAUCCAAACUAGAGCUAUCACCAUCCCAGUGGCAGAGCCUUGUCGCAGUCCACAGAACGCUUCUCUACGAACAUCAUGACUUCUUCCUCGCAUCCCAGCAUCCCUCCUCCGGUUCAAUUCUACGACCUCUGGCAGACAAGUAUUCAAUGCCAGCGCGUAUGUGGAAAUACGCCAUCCACUCAUUCCUGGAGCUACUGCGCCAAAAACUCCCCGGUUCGAUGGAGUACAUGCUCGAUUUCAUCUACCUCUCCUACUCAAUGAUGACACUGCUUCUGGAAAGCGUGUCCCAUUUCAAAGAAACGUGGAUUGAAUGCCUGGGCGAUUUGGCGCGAUAUCGAAUGGCCGUAGAAGAAUUUGACUACAAAGACCGUGAUCUCUGGGCUGGAAUCUCUAGAUACUGGUAUAACCAAGACGCAGCCAAUAUCCCGGAGAACGGACGCAUCCAGCACCAUCUGGCAGUCUUGUCGCGUCCGGAUCGUCUGCAGCAGUUCUUUCACUACACGAAAGCAUUGACUUGCGUUCGCCCUUUUGCAAGUGCCCGAGAGAGCAUUGCAAACUUAGUGACUCCGACUUUGGAUAUUCCGCCUGCAAGGCUGAAUUUGAUCACUUCGUUUGUGGCUGCUCAUGGCGCGAACUUUCAGCAGAGCUCGACGGCGGAAUUUAUCUCCCGCGCAAAAUUAUUUCUCUCGAAACUGCGGAAAGAAGUCAAGAUGCUGGGUCGGCAGGGACAGCAAGGUGUUUAUAUGACUUCUUGCAAUAUUGCAGCGAUAUUUCAAUUUGGGGACAAGAACGGGAUUAUGGAAAAGGAAUUCAUUUGGAAGAGACCCAUUCCUACAGCAGAAGGGCGUAUGUUGUCGAUGCAGGGGACAUUUGGCGCAAAUCCGGUCACCCGUCCUACAUACUCUGAUCUAUCAUCUCAACUGGUGUUCCGAGCGAGUUCGCUCGCAUUUCACACUUUGAUAGUCAUGCUCGAUCAAAUCGGUGACCAGAACAUGUAUCCGAAUGUACAUAUCUCCAUGGCGUUCGUGUGGUGUCUUACCCUCAACCCGGCGGCUAUUCAACGGCUAGAGCCAUUGGUUCCUUGGGCAAGAUUGACAACGUACCUCAACAGUCUGUUCGGGUCUGAUACUGCCGUCUCCAAGAUUGAGGCGGAGGAAUUUCCAGUUUCCGACGAUACAUCCGUCAAGCAGCUACCGGAGGACUUUUUGAUGAGAGGCCAGGCUUGGAGUCGACUUUACCACCCAGAGAAUUUCUUCGAGGGAGCACCCUCAGAGGACGACAGACCAUCAAUUGAGCAGCCUUCAACGCUGAUUCCCAGAAUACAACGGUGCCUUUGGCUCGGAGUUAGAAUUGCAACUUUCACACGCUGGAUGACGUAUGACCAGACCCGAGGAUUCGCGCCAACGCAAUUAGCACACGAAUAUGCUCCGAUUGCAGAAUCCAUCGACUCUCUCGGCAGUAAUACUGACUGA